AUGACUUUCAAUAUCAGCACGAUCGUAAACGGCACCGUAUACUCAAUGAAGAUCACGCAAGAAGGCAAAAUCUACACCAUUGAUCGCCAGAGUGCGAAAACGUACGACGUCCCCAUACCAGCAGGGUACAAUGGACACAUGGUUUUGGUGCUUGGAAGGGUACCAUCCCAGCCCGGCCUCCGCUCACAGUUGACACAGAUCAUGUCGAGCGUUGAUCCAAACGUGGAUUGGAGAGACUACCUUCCCAUUCGUCCAUCUAAGAAGAACCGGAGAACGGGGAUCCAGCUUUAUCUGCGCAGCUCUGCUGACCGCUGGGUAGAGAUGGAUUUGAGGUCAUACGCCAGGUUUGACACGGAGUGCACCAUUCCUCUCCAGAUUCUGAAAAAGACACCAGAAGAAGGGUUGCAAUUUGAGCUUUCGAGCAAGUCUCGCCGAUCCGUUCAACAUUACCUCAAUGGACGCCCAACCCAGGCUGCUUUGGAGCAGCCUCAACCAAACAAAUAA